GGAAGUCUUCCUCCAUUAAAUGUCACCAACGAUGUUCCUGCACGAACUCCUGCAGACUGCGCCAAGAAAUGCUUCGAAUCCAGAGGAUGUUCUCUUGCUGGUUUCAUUGGUAGCCCAUCCGGGAACAUUUCACGAGGCGUUUGCCUCUUGACCUCUGAUGGAAGUGUAUGUGGAAACAACGCCGAUUAUGUUCCACAACAUGCUGCCCUGAAUCCCUUCGUCAUUUCAUGCAUUAAAUGCAGCUCGUGUACGUAUAAUAUUCAAAAUGUGACACCGGAUCGGGUUCUGCCAGACUUUAAUCACGUCGAAAGUGUUUCUUCAAUAGGCGAAUGCGCUCGAGCUUGUUAUGCAAGGCGGUGUACCAUGGCACAAUACAACAGUCAACAGCACACUUGCAUGACCACCAAUGAACCGCAGGACUCAAAAUGUGCUCUCGAAACCGCAGUGGUGACCGAAGGUGUCCUGCCGGUCACACUUGAAUGCGUCAGUUGUACGCUAUAA